AUGGACUCUCAAAUUGUAGCUCCCUCCUUUAAAGAACUAUACGAUAAAUAUCUCAAAGCCUUCAACGACCACUCUAUCGAAGGAGUCAAUGCUUGUCUCUCUCCAAAUCUCGAGAUAUUCAUUCGGGGCAAAUUGGUGGCUCAGGCGCCCGCGCAAUGGGACCAGAUGAAGAAAAGUUAUCAAGAGCAUUGGGCACUUCCAAACUGCCGCGUCACUAUCGACUAUCUAGAUGAGUGGUGGGAUGCAGAAAAGAAGGAAGGAGGCGUGCAGGGAAAGUUGAUCGACUGGCCUCGCGCUAAACUUAUGGAGGUGAAGUACACCUAUGGGUUGGAAGGAGACGAAUGGCUUCAGAAACGUCACGAGAUCGGUCAGGUUGUAGAUUAUGAUGUGAAUAGCGGCAGUCGGCCAUCAGACAGUUAG